AUGCCUAGAUCUUCUCGUACAGGUGAACUGCAAUAUAAUCCUGAGAUAGAGAAGACUGCUCGUGCAUUGAGAAAAGCAACAAGAGAACGAGCAGAGGCAUCCUCCUCAUCUACUGGACAUAAUUCAGUAGUAGAUUUUGUGGAUUCAUUUAAUUUAAAUCAACAGCCCCUAUGCAUUACUUAUCCUACAUUAGAGGUUGCAUUUGAGUUAAAAUCUGGACUAAUCCAUUUACUUCCUUCUUUUCAUGGCUUACCAGGUGAAGAUCCCCACAAGCAUCUCAAAGAAUUCCAUGUGGUUUGCUCGACAAUGAAACCCCAGGGAGUCACAGAGGAGCAAAUUAAAUUAAGAGCCUUUCCAUUUUCCUUAGCCGAUAAAGCUAAGGAUUGGCUCUAUUAUCUGCCCUCUGGGUCAAUAUCCACAUGGACAGACAUGAAGAAGCAUUUUCUAGAAAAAUUCUUUCCUGCAUCCCGAGCUGCAAGCAUUAGGAAAGACAUCUGUGGAAUUCGACAAUUCAAUGGAGAGACUCUACAUGAAUAUUGGGAAAGAUUCAAGCAACUAUGUGCUAGUUGUCCUCAUCAUCAAAUUCCUGACCAACUCUUCAUCCAGUAUUUUUAUGAGGGUCUGUCCCAAACUGACAGAAGAAUUAUUGAUGCUGCCAGUGGGGGCUCCUUAGUGAAUAAAACACCCACGGAGGCAAGAAAUUUGAUAUCGAGUAUGGCUGCAAAUGCUCAACAAUUUGGAGACAGGCAGGAUAACACGACUCGUAGAGUCAAUGAGGUAAGUAAUUCUUCAAUAGAGCAAAGAUUAGAUUGUCUAACUUCUUUGGUUGAAAAGUUAGCUAUAGGACAAAUGCAGCAAUUGAAAACAUGUGGAAUCUGCUAUGGUUCGAGUCAUCCAACAGAUAUGUGCCCCACACUCCAAGAUGAUUCGACUGAGCAGGCUAAUGCAGUUGGAUUUCCAGGACCACCUCAGAGACGGUAUGAUCCCUAUGCAAACACCUAUAAUCCAGGAUGGAGGGAUCAUCCUAAUUUUAAUUAUGCAGUAAGGCCACCAGGAUUUCCACAUCAGUCACAAUAUCAACCUAGACCUCAACUUUCACAGCAACAACCUGCUCCUAAAUCAGUUCAUAAUUUGGAGAAUCAAAUGAGCCAGUUAGCUUCCACAGUCAAUAGAUUGGAAUCCCAAUUAUCUGGAAAGCUACCUUCGCAGACAAUUGUCAACCCCAAGCAAAAUGCUAGUGCCAUCACAUUAAGAAGUGGCAAAGAGUUGCCUGAGCCGAGCAAGAAAAUUUCUGAACAAGCAAUCGAGGAAGAGCUCGAAAAAGAGGGGAAUGUGUCUCAACCUAGAGCCUUGGAACAACCAGAUUUUGGAGAAAAAUCAACACAAGUGGUUACACCUCCGCCUCCAUUUCCUAGUCGACUGGCAAAGUCCAAAAAGCAAGAGCAAGAACAGGAGAUUUUGGACACUUUUCGAAAAGUUGAGGUAAAUAUCCCUCUUUUAGAUGCAAUUAAGCAAAUUCCUAGAUAUGCUAAAUUUUUGAAGGAGUUAUGCACUGGUAAGAAAAAGUUGAAAGGAAACGAGAAAGUGCAUAUGGGAGAAAAUGUUUCGGCAGUUUUGCAGAAAAAAUUGCCUCCUAAAUGCAAGGACCCAGGUAUGUUUACUGUCCCUUGCAAAAUAGGUAAUAUUAAAAUUGAAAAAGCUAUGUUGGAUUUGGGUGCUUCGAUAAAUGUUAUGCCUCGUUCUAUUUAUAAUUUGAUGAACAUUGGGCCUUUAAAAGAGACGGGCGUAAUAAUUCAACUGGCUGAUCGAUCAAAUGCCUAUCCUGAUGGAGUUUUGGAGGAUAUUUUAGUGCAAAUUGAUAAUUUGAUUUUUCCUGCAGAUUUUUAUGUGCUUGAUAUGGAGGAUGAUAAUUCUAAUUCAUCUCCAAUACUGUUAGGGAGACCAUUUUUGAAAACUGCUAGAACAAAAAUUGAUGUUUUCACUGGCACAUUGACUAUGGAAUUUGAUGGUGAUGUUAUUAAAUUUAGUAUUUAUGAUGCCAUGAAAUAUCCUGGUGAAUCUCAUUCAAUUUUUGUUAUAGAUGUAAUUGAUUCUGAAGUUAUUUUUGAAUUGAAUUCUCUUUGUCCAGAAUUUUCCAAUGUGUCUUACUUGGAAUUACCUCUGUCUCAUUCACAGCUUUUGCCAUCUAUUGUGCAAGCCCCGAAUGUGGAAUUAAAGCAGUUACCGGAUAAUUUAAAGUAUGCAUUCUUGGGAGAUGGAGAUACACUCCCAGUAAUAAUUUCCAGUAAAUUGACUGCUUUAGAGGAAGAAAAACUAAUUCGGGUGUUGAAGGACCACAAGGAGGCAAUAGGAUGGACAGUGGAUGACAUAAAAGGAUUAAGUCCAGCCACUUGCAUGCAUCGCAUCUUGUUAGAAGAUGGUAUAAUCUAUCCCAUUUCGGAUAGUAAGUGGGUAAGUCCUGUUCAAGUAGUUCCUAAAAAGACAGGAAUUACUGUUAUUGAAAAUCCUAAAGAUGUUGGAAAGGUUGCAGGAAAAUCUCAUUAUUGCUGUCUUGAUGGUUUUUCAGGCAUAAUUUUAGGCCAUGUGGUAUCUGCAAAAGGAAUUGAGGUAGAUAAGGCUAAGGAUGUGGUAUUUCAUUUUGAUGAUAAUUGCAAGAGUGCAUUUGACACGCUCAAGGGAUCAUUGACUUCAGCACCAGUGGUUCGACCACCAAACUGGAGUCUUCCUUUCGAGAUAAUGUGUGAUGCCAGCAAUUUUGCUGUUGGUGCAGUACUUGGCCAGAAGGAGGGCAGAGCUUCUUAUGUAAUUUAUUAUGCCUCGAGGACAUUGGAUGCUUUGAAAUAUUUGCUCAACAAGAAAGAGGCCAAACCACGACUUAUAAGGUGGAUUCUCCUACUGCAAGAAUUUAAUUUGGAAAUUAAAGACAAAAGGGGUGCCGAAAAUAUGGUUGCUGAUCAUCUCAGUCGUUUGAUCAAUAGUGAAGGACCUGCUCCCUUGAAGGAUAAUUUUCCAGAUGAGCAUCUUUUUGUAGUUCAAAAGACAACUCCCUGGUGUGUGUCUAAAGAAGAGGUUCCAUCAAUUUUAUCUUUUUGUCACUCAUAUGCGUGUGGUGGACAUUUUGGCCCUAAGCGAACUGCAAGAAAGGUAAUUUAA